UUUUUUUUUAAUUUCGAUGAGGACGGACGUACGUCGUACGGGUCUCGCCAAAAACACACAGAAAGUUCUGAUCGGAAUUCGAGACUGUUUUCGAAGUAUCUGAAACGUUAGUGGAUUUAUACGAAACGAAAUCUAGAAACUCAAAAAGUUAACUCGUUUUAAACGGACAUUAAAACCGUUUCACUCGCUUAGCAGUUACACUAGUUUACCGUUGUGUGCGUUGUUAAUGUUGUUCUUGUUGUUAUUGUUGUCGUUGUGAUACAUCUCUCUCUCUCUCUCCUUGUCGCUGCCGCAAAAUUUUGACGUUUUUUUUCGUGUGUUCUUUAGUGUUGAUCCAGCAAGAAGAAGAAAGCAAGGAGAAGAGGAAGAAGCAAAAAACAAACUGCGAUUGCAGCACAAAGACAACGAAGAUUUCAGACGAAAAAGUUCCCCUGGAAGAAAGCAUUUCGUUUCGAUAAAUAAGAAAAGACAACAAGCUACAAAAUGUCUCCAAAAGCGCUUAAUGUGCGCGUCACGACAAUGGACGCGGAACUGGAGUUCGCCAUCCAGUCGACGACGACGGGCAAACAAUUGUUUGACCAGGUGGUGAAGACCAUUGGCCUGCGUGAGGUUUGGUUCUUUGGACUCCAGUACACCGACUCAAAGGGCGACUCCACAUGGAUCAAGCUGUACAAAAAGGUGAUGAACCAGGACGUUAAGAAGGAGAACCCCUUGCAGUUCAGAUUCCGUGCCAAAUUCUAUCCAGAGGAUGUGGCCGAGGAGCUGAUCCAGGACAUUACCCUGCGCCUGUUCUAUCUGCAGGUCAAGAAUGCCAUACUGACCGAUGAGAUCUAUUGUCCGCCCGAGACAUCCGUUCUCCUAGCCUCGUACGCUGUCCAGGCGCGUCAUGGUGACCACAAUAAGACCACCCACACAGCCGGUUUCCUGGCCAACGAUCGCCUGCUGCCGCAGCGUGUCAUCGACCAGCACAAGAUGUCCAAGGACGAAUGGGAGCAGUCGAUCAUGACCUGGUGGCAGGAGCAUCGCAGCAUGCUGCGCGAAGAUGCCAUGAUGGAGUAUCUUAAGAUUGCCCAGGAUUUGGAAAUGUACGGUGUCAAUUACUUUGAGAUCCGUAAUAAGAAGGGCACGGAUCUCUGGUUGGGUGUGGAUGCCUUGGGUCUGAAUAUUUACGAGCAGGACGAUAGGCUGACGCCCAAGAUUGGUUUCCCAUGGUCGGAGAUUCGUAAUAUUUCGUUUUCGGAGAAGAAGUUCAUCAUUAAGCCGAUCGACAAGAAGGCCCCCGACUUUAUGUUCUUUGCCCCGCGCGUUCGCAUCAACAAGCGCAUCCUGGCCCUCUGCAUGGGCAACCAUGAGCUGUACAUGCGUCGCCGCAAGCCGGACACCAUCGAUGUGCAGCAGAUGAAGGCGCAGGCGCGCGAAGAGAAGAAUGCCAAACAGCAGGAGCGUGAGAAGCUGCAGCUGGCGCUGGCCGCACGCGAACGCGCUGAAAAGAAGCAGCAGGAGUACGAGGAUCGUCUGAAGCAGAUGCAGGAGGAUAUGGAGCGUUCGCAGCGCGAUCUGCUUGAGGCCCAGGACAUGAUCCGUCGCCUGGAGGAGCAGCUGAAGCAGCUGCAGGCAGCCAAGGAUGAAUUGGAGCUGCGCCAGAAGGAGCUGCAGGCGAUGUUGCAGCGUCUCGAGGAGGCCAAGAACAUGGAGGCCGUCGAAAAAUUGAAGCUCGAGGAGGAGAUCAUGGCCAAGCAAAUGGAGGUGCAGCGCAUCCAGGACGAGGUCAAUGCCAAGGAUGAGGAGACCAAGCGUCUGCAGGACGAGGUCGAAGAUGCUCGACGCAAGCAGGCUGAAGCUGCCGCUGCUUUGUUGGCUGCGUCAACAACGCCGCAGCAUCAUCAUGUGGCCGAGGAUGAGAACGAGAACGAGGAGGAGCUGACGAACGGCGAUGCUGGCGGCGAUGUGUCGCGCGAUUUGGACACCGACGAGCAUAUCAAGGAUCCCAUCGAGGACAGACGCACGCUGGCCGAGCGCAACGAGCGCUUGCAUGACCAGCUCAAGGCUCUGAAACAAGAUCUGGCGCAGUCACGCGACGAGACGAAAGAGACGGCAAACGACAAGAUCCAUCGCGAGAACGUGCGCCAGGGACGUGACAAGUACAAGACGCUUCGCGAGAUCCGCAAGGGCAACACAAAGCGUCGUGUCGAUCAGUUCGAGAACAUGUAAAUCUAUUAGCCAUCUAAUGGCCAGAUCGAUAUAGAGCGAGAAAGCGCGAGUUAGAAAGAGAAAGGAAGGGAGUUGAGUCUCCAGAAAGAAAAAGAAAAAAGAUAUAUAACUACUACAAAAAGAGAAGAUACUGAUGAGAAUGAUAAUGAUGAUGAUGAUGAAGAAGCAACAAAUAUAAUUCCGGUCGCUGGCAAAAGCCUAUUGCUACUAUCCCCCCCUCCCCCCUCCACCAGCGACGUCCCCCUUUUCCACCCACAAGAACUUCCUGCCUCCUAAAAGUGAAUUGAAGAGAUCCACAAAUUUAAUGAAUAUAUAUAUAUAUCAAUAUCGUUUGACCGCCGUCGUUUUCGUGUCGGAGUUUGUAUAAAAGAAAAUUAAGAAAAAAGAAAAUUCAGCCACACACACAACAUACACACACACAAACACACACACUCAUCGCUAUAUAUAGUAAAGUGUAUAACCGACAGCUAAGGUCAGGACCACAUCAAUAAGGACAAUCACACACAGCAAAAGAAAGUAG